CCUACACUACGCGGGCGACAAUUGCAAGCGAGAAGAGGCAAUAAGAAGAAAGAAUAUAUUUUUUUUUAGCUAGUUUAUAAAUUGGCAAAUUUUCAGUUAAAUAUAUACAUUUACAUUCAGUGCACAUUUAGACUUCUAGGCUUCAAUUCCGCAGGUAGCCAUGCAGUGGACGAUGAUGUUGACGCUGCUUGCCAGCAGCAGCGUCGUCGUCAUUGUUGAUUGCUUUUAUGUGCCCGGCGUGGCACCCGUUGAGUUCGUGCGUGGACAAAAAAUCGAUGUUAAAGCGGUUAAAAUGACCAGCAGCCGAACCCAGCUUCCCUAUCAGUAUUAUUCACUGCGCUUCUGCUAUCCCAAGAAUGGAACCCUAAUCUUCAAAUCAGAGAAUCUCGGUGAAGUUCUGCGUGGUGAUCGCAUAGUGAACACACCCUACGAGGUUCAAAUGGCCGAGGACGUAAAUUGUAAGCUGCUCUGCAAUAAAAAAGAUUUACCCAUGACCUGGAGCAAAGAGGAUUCGGCAAUGGUUGCUGAGCGUAUACAGCACGAGUAUUUUGUUCACUUGCUAGUGGACAAUUUGCCGGUGGCGACACGCAUUGUCAGUGCAACGAAUCCCGCUGAAGUGACGUACGAGCAUGGGUACAGAUUGGGACAAGUGGAUGGCGAUAAAAUCUACAUUAACAACCAUCUGAAGUUCAUUCUCUCCUAUCACAUGUACACCAAGGAUAAAUAUCGGGUGGUUGGGUUUGAAGUGAUAACUGGGUCCGUUAGCCACAAGGAACUCAAAUUUGAGGGCGACAGCUGCAAUUUCCCCGACAGUCCAAGUCCACAGCUUGUUAAUCCAUCGGGCGAGACCCAGCUCUACUUCACGUACUCUGUUGUUUGGAAGGAGUCUAAGGUUAGCUGGGCCUCACGCUGGGACAUUUAUUUGGGCAUGCGCGACGUGCAAAUCCAUUGGUUUAGCAUCAUCAAUUCGCUGGUCGUAGUCUUCUUCUUAUCGGGUAUACUCACUAUGAUCAUGAUACGCACUUUGAGGCGGGAUAUUGCUCGCUAUAAUACGGAUGAUAAUAUCGAGGAUACGCUUGAGGAGACCGGCUGGAAGUUGGUUCAUGGCGACGUAUUCCGACCGCCCAAGAACACGCGCCUCUUCUCUGCUAUCAUUGGCAGCGGUAUCCAGAUCUUUUUUAUGGCCAUGAUUACGAUCUUUUUUGCUAUGCUUGGCAUGCUGUCGCCCUCGUCACGUGGGGCUCUCAUGACGUCCGGCAUUUUUAUGUACGUUUUCAUGGGAACCAUUGCCGGCUACUAUGCAGCGCGUCUAUACAAAACGAUGAAGGGACGGGAAUGGAAACGGGCUGCCUUCCUAACUGCCACACUCUAUCCGGGCAUCGUCUUUGGCACGGGAUUCAUUUUGAACUUUUUCAUUUGGGAUAAAUCCUCGAGCGGCGCUGUGCCUUUUACCACAAUGAUAUCGCUGUUGUUGCUGUGGUUCGGCAUAUCUGUGCCGCUCGUUUAUGUAGGAUUCUACCUAGGCUAUCGGAAGCAACCGUAUCAACAUCCAGUGCGGACGAAUAUGAUACCACGCCAGGUGCCCACGCAGCAUUGGUAUAUGAAUGCAGCCCUGAGCACCUUAAUGGCUGGUAUCUUGCCAUUUGGCGCUGUAUUCAUCGAGUUAUUCUUCGUUUUUACGGCCAUUUGGCAGAAUCAAUUUUAUUAUUUGUUUGGUUUUCUGUUUUUGGUGUUUUGCAUUCUAGUUGUUAGCUGUGCUCAGAUCUCCAUCGUUAUGACCUACUUUCAGCUGUGUGGCGAGGAUUAUCGCUGGUGGUGGCGUAGCUUUAUUGUCUCUGGUGGCUCGGCUGUGUAUGUGCUUUUCUAUAGCAUAUUUUAUUUUUUUACCAAGCUGGAGAUUACAGAAUUUAUACCCACACUGCUUUACUUGGGUUACACAGGUCUAAUGGUGCUAACAUUUUGGCUACUGACAGGCUCCAUUGGCUUCUUUGCUGCCUAUGUUUUCAUACUUAAAAUCUAUGGUGCCGUGAAAAUAGAUUAAACCAUCCACUAUCUGGCACACAAUGCUGUACACCAAACUAUCCCUGCAAUAUCAUUUGUUCGUAAUACUUAUUACCUAUAAUAUAAUAUUUAUAUACAAUAUACAUAUGUAUAUACAUAUAUAUAUAUAUAUAUAUAUAUAUAUGUAUGAAUGAGUCUAUAAAGAAAGGCCAUGUGUAAAAUCUUGUUUAAGCUAUUUAGCCCUCUUCUCUCUUAACUAAGUGUGCUAUAAGUUUACUUUACCUGCUGCUGCGCCGCUUUAAUUAACGACAAAAACACCGAUUGAGAAUCUUUACUAAUAGUUAACGGGCGUCGCUCAAUUUUCGAGUGCAUUGCGUAGAUUAUAUUCUAGAAAAGCCUAAUUUAUAUAUGUAUUGUAAAAACAAAAUCCUAAUCGUAAGCUAAAAACAACCGGAAAUCUAAUAAAUGUAAGCUAAGUAUAGAUGGCGACCAAGUGA